AUGAAAAAAAACAAUUCAAAGGUGACAGAAUUUGUUCUUCUGGGCCUAUCAUCCUCAUGGGAGCUGCAGCUGUUUCUCUUCUUAAUAUUUUUGUUGUUUUAUGUGGCUACUGUCCUGGGAAACCUCUUGAUAGUGGUAACAGUGCGAGCUGACGCUCACCUACACCAAUCUCCUAUGUACUAUUUUUUGGGCUAUCUGUCCUUCAUUGACCUAUGCCUGAGCUGUGUGACUGUGCCCAAGAUGUUAGGAGAUUUCCUACAUCAGGGCAAGGCCAUCUCUUUUUCCGGAUGCCUGGCUCAGAUCUACUUCCUGCACUUUCUAGGAGCCACUGAGAUGUUUCUGCUGACAGCCAUGGCCUAUGAUAGGUAUGUUGCCAUAUGCAAUCCUUUGCACUACCUCACAGUCAUGAACCGCCAGCUGUGCUUCCAACUGGUUUUUGCCUGCUGGUGUGGGGGUUUCAUCCACUCUAUCACACAGGUCACACUGGUCAUCCAGCUGCCCUUCUGUGGCCCCAAUGAACUGGACAAUUUCUACUGUGAUGUCCCGCAGGUCAUCAAGCUAGCCUGCGUGGACACAUAUGUGGUAGAGGUUCUGAUGGUCUCAAACAGUGGUCUGCUCUCUCUUGUCUGCUUCUUGGUCUUGCUCUUCUCUUACAUUGUCAUCCUCAUCACCCUGAGAACCCGCUUCCGCCAGGGCCAGGGCCAGGGCCAGGGCCAGCGCAAGGCCCUCUCUACCUGUGCCUCCCACUUGACAGUAGUCAGCCUGAUCUUCGUGCCAUGUGUAUUCAUCUACCUGAAGCCGUUCUGCAGCUUCUCUGUGGACAAGGUGUUCUCCAUCUUUUACACAGUGAUCACACCUAUGCUGAACCCCAUCAUCUACACACUCAGAAACGCUGAUAUGAAGACAGCCAUGAAGAAGCUGAAAAAGGCAUGUGGCAUCCUGCUGCUAUGUUGA